AUGUCGAAUCCGUUUUUAUUUCUAUCCGACUCGUCUUCAACUACGUCAAAUUCAUUUUCAACAUCGUCUUCAAAAGUAGUAUCGACUAGCAAUGAUUCUUCGCCAACUUCUAAUAUUUAUAAAGACAUUUUUGACUAUGUUCUUCUAUGUACCAUCGAUGAACAACCAUCAUCAUCGCUUAUCUAUUUAGCUGAAUUAGCUGCAUGCGUACCUCAAACUUUGGAUAAGAAUUUUAUUGAUCAAGCUUUAUUCGAACGUCUUCGUAUGACAGAUUCUGCAAGUCAAUUAUUAAUGCCAGCAACAAAAAAUUCAACUGUUAAAAAUGAUUUGAACAGUAUAACGGAAAAUCGUUGUUUACAUUAUUUAGCUGGAUGUUAUCAAAGAUUAUUGCGACAACGCGAUCAUUUUAAAUUAAUAUUCGAUGAUAUUCGAAAAUUAUUUAUUGAUCUCUCAAAAACAGCAAUAAGUUUACCAGACCUCUACGAAGGUCAAGAUCUAUCCAAACAAUGGUUAGAAUUAUUGAUUGAUGGUCAAGAAAAUUCACAAAUCUAUGAAUUCAUCGAUUGUGUUAAUAAUGAUUCUCUAUCGCCACUAACCGAUGAAAUGGAAAGUCUUUAUACUUCUGUCUUUCGUCAUAUGUAUAAAAUGAUUCAACCACUCGAUUAUUUUUCUACGGAACUUAUAGCAUAUACGGGAAUAUUGACUCAUUUAUCAAAAUGGCCAGCGCUUGUUCGCAUUAUCUUUCGAUUGUCUCAUCCGAAAACAGCAUCGAAUCGUCCUGUACAAAACCCUCGUGGAGCAGCAACAAAUGGUCGAGCAUAUGAAGAUACAUUAGUUGGUAGUCUUCUUUCAAAAUCAUGUUUACCGUCGCAACCUGAAAAACCUUAUUUAUUCUUUGAAAAACCAAAAGUCAUGAGCGAACGUGAUGUUGAAUUAACAGCGAAUUCAAUGUGGCAACCGAUGCGAGCAUAUCAACAGAAUUUAUCAAGUUUAUUUUUGGCUUUCGUGAAAAAUGCUGAUGUACGUAAUGAUAUACUAAAAUGGAUUGGCGAUUGUUUAGUCGAAAAUCGAGGCAAAAAUAAAGAAUGGUCAUCACAUAAUCCUUUAACUGCGUAUUUGUUUGUUAGUGAUGGAUUUUUAUUGAAUUUGAAUCUUGUUUUACUCAAUCUUGCACGACCCUUUGCUGAACCUUAUUCACCAAAAUUAUUAAAAAUUAAUCCGAUUUAUGCAAUAACUCAAAAUGAAAAUGUUCAUUUAAGAGACCUUCAUAAAGAUACACCAAUGAUUGUUCGCAAUGAUGAAAACGUCAAGGAAAAAAAUGAUCAAACAGCAUUUAACUUUAUCACCGAAAUAUUUUUCAUGUCACAUCUUAGCUAUACAUCGUCAGUAUAUAGACUUCAUCGAAUGCUAUUAAAAAUUAAUGAAGAAUUGUCACAGGUGCAACAAGCAUAUCAAGAGGCUAGUAAAUUGAAUGGACCUAAUGAUGAGAAUGUACAAAGAUUAGAACAAGCCAUGGAAAAAGGUCUUACUGCUUUUCUUAACAUAAAAACUGUUCUAAAUGAACCUUGUUUACUCGAAUUAUCCAAUGCUCUAUUCACGGCCAGUUGUUCGUGGCUUGUUUAUCUUGCAUCGCUACCCGAGGAAGUUGAUAGCGAAGAAACAAUGAAAAUGAUUCGACAAUUACCAUUAGCAACAAAACCAAAUCGUCAAUUAAGCUAUAUUCCUGAGUUUAUCAUAGAAAAUAUAACAGAUUACCUCACCUUUCUUGGUCGAUUCAAUGUACAAUUAUUUGAAUCUCUCUCAUCUGUGAAUGAAUAUGUAACUCUCGUUCUUGUAUUUAUGGGUGAUGCAAGUCGUUUACGUAAUCCUCAUUUACGCGCUGCACUAGCUGAAGCAUUCGAAGCUAUUCUACCAAAUAAACAACAUGGCGGCGGACGAACCCUAAACAGUUCAUUUGCCGAGGCUAUUUUUAUGCAUCAUCCGUUAAUCGAACAUUUGCCGCGUGUUCUUCUCGAUGUAUUCGUUUCAAUUGAAUUAACUGGACAAGCAGUAGCAUUCGAACAAAAAUUUAAUUAUCGUCGUCCGAUGUAUGAAAUCUUAGAUUACUUUUGGAAAUUUGAUAAACACCGAGAACAAGUCAAAAAACUUACAGCCUAUGCGGAAGAACAUAUUGAUGAUGCUGAAGCUCCAUUGGUCUUACGCUUUAUUAAUCUACUUAUGAAUGAUGCGAAUUUUCUACUAGAUGAAGCAUUAUCGCAAAUGGCACGUUUAAAGGAAAAUCAAGAAGCAAUGGAUCGUGGUGAAUGGAAUAGUUUACCGCAACAACAAAGACGAGACUUAGAAAAUACAUUUCGGCAUACCGGCCAAAUAGCUCGUUUUACAAAUAUCAUGGGUGUUAAAACGCUGAUUAUUCUUGAUAUGUUAACACGAAGUAUUCAGUCAAUAUUUUGUCAACCAGCUAUAUGUGAAAGGCUUGCUUUAAUGCUUAAUUAUUUUCUUCAACAUUUGGUUGGACCGAAGAGAGGUAAUUUAAAAGUACGAAAUUUAAACGAAUAUCAAUUUGAACCUCAGAAACUGGUUGCUAAAGUAACAGACAUCUAUUUAAAUUUCGCUCAACGUGAUGAAUUUUUUGCUGCUGUUUGUAAUGAUGGAAUGUCGUAUAAUGAACAAUUAUUUCCGCAAGCGGUCGAAGUACUUGAACGUAUUGGACAUCCAAGAGAGCGAAUCAAUGCAUUUCUUAAACUAAGUGAACAUAUUAAAAUUAUUGCUGCACAACAAAAAGAAGAUGAUGUUGCAUAUGAUGAUGCACCAGACGAAUAUCUUGAUCCUAUCACAAGUACUCUCAUGAUGGACCCUGUCAUGUUACCGAGUUCUCGACAAAUCGUUGAUCGUGGAACUAUUGCUCGGCACCUUCUCAGUGAUCAAACAGAUCCGUUCAAUCGGAAUCCAUUACGUAUGCAAGAUGUUAUCCCACAACUGGAGUUAAAACAAGCGAUAGAACAAUGGAAGUCGUCGCGCCAACGGCCACAGUCAUAA